AUGCGGGCACAGCUGGAGAAAGGAGAGACAGAUGCUCCAUCGACUGCGCGAGCUGGACGGCGCCAGCUUCCAUCGAUGGUUCCGGAUCCGGAGUGGGACCGAAAGGAGCUUCCUCCGAUAGGUCGAGCUCUUGUGGAGCGAAGGAAGACGAAUCCAUCGCAUCAUUCAUGUCUGAAAACUGAAGCGAUACUACAACACAACCGUUCACGACUUCACAAUUGCCCAAAAUGGACACCAUCUUCACUACUCGUUACGCACCUCGCUACAACUAUCGACUCUGUCGCUUAUCACCUCGUCACCACCGCCGACCCUGUUGGCUAUCAAAUCCUCACGUUAUUCAUCAUACUUCUCAUCUGCAUUGUCGUCCUCAGCGGAGCAGCCUCGUUACUCGGUCUCGCGCAGAUCCUUUUAUGGUUAUCAGAUCCGGACGGCGUGACCAGAUUCACAGGGAAGAAAGGUGUUACGACCUAUCGUUUCAUCAUGGAUCAAAGGCAAAAGAAGGCAAGUGAAAUAGAAACAUUUUCUAAUUUCAAGGGAUAUCUUAUAUUUCCCGAUGAAAUUUCUCUUCAGAAAGAGAAGGAAACUAUUUCCGCUAAUACCGAAGGAAGUGCCCAACACGGAACGAAUGACGAACGGCCCACACCGGUACUAGGAGGUAAGCAGUCGUUUUGCAUCGAUUUACCGUGUUAG